CUCCUCUCCCCCCCCCCCACAACCGCGGCCAGGGAACUCGCUUGUUACGCUCUUGUUGCACGUGUGAACUUAAGCGGCCAGUGCCCGGAUGGAAUCGAAAAAGGACACUUUUGAAUGUGAGCUGUGUGGAUUAACAGCCCCUUACAGCUACUAUGGACAUAAACCUCCCAACGCCUACUCAGUCACCCUCCUGGAAGACUGUUACGUUAUGAAGGACCCCUUCACCUCAGACAAGGACAAAUUCCUUAUCCUUGGAGCGCAGUGUAGCCUGUGUCACAAACGGGUGUGUGCUGGCCCGGACUGCAGUCUUUUCUAUUCCAAACGGUUUUGCCUCCCCUGCGUGAAAGCACACAUCACUGAAUUUCCUUUGGAAAUAGAAGAAGAUUUGAAAAAAAAAGCACACUCAAAAUCUUCCAAAAAAGGAGAGUCUAAGAAUUUAGGGAAAAGCUAGGUUGAUUUUACUGCAGAAUAUACUUUUGGUUCACUAGAAUAAAAAUGGUGUCUCUAGUAGUAGAUGGUAUUUUUUAAAUUUGUUGCGAAUUUUAAGCUAGCUAUCUUGUUAAGCUAUCUGGCAGACAACCACUGCUAACCAGGAGAGCUGGUUUUGAAUAUAAAACAGGUUUGAAAUAAACUAGCCAAACCUGAUAUUCCUGUUUAGAAGGAUUGAGAUACAGGAGAUAAAGAGUUCCGUUUUUGGUUUAUAUUUCCUUUUUAACCAUGAGCCAACUUCCACAGCUCUACUACCUUCUUUGAGGGUCAGUUUCCAACUUCCAUUCUGGAUUUGCAUCAUCAUCUCAUUUUAACCACCCCAUAAUUCCUUGCGGGAUGGAGUCUGGACAACUGAAUGGAGCUAGCAGAGCGUUUACUUGGCUGGAUGCUCUUCCUGUCGCCAAUGUGGAGUUUUGUUCAGCAGAUUAUAUUGUUAUUAUGCCCAGAGAGAGAAAUAUCUACCUCUACAUAGGAUCAAACUCACAGGCUCCUGAUUGUGAGGCGAGAGCUCCACCUCUAGGCCAUCGCAUCACUCCCCAUUCUGGGGUUGCAUCUGGAUCUGAAAAAUCAACAUGGCGGCUACAGCAAUGCAAUUAAAGCUCAUCAGCACUGUCCUGAACUUCUUUGAUCACCCUCUGUAGACUUGUAUCCCUAAACAGGAUAGACCCCUUUCUGCUACUUCCUUGUUGCCUUAUUAUCAAGCUCACUAUGGGCCGUCUGAAAUUACUCAUCUGUUGUGAUAUGCCAGGAGCCUGCGGAGCUGGCAACGGAGUCAGACAGCGAUGAGGCUGAGGAAGAACAUGGGCCGGUCCUGGAGGCUGGGGAAGGCCCGGAUGAGGGCUCUGCGUCAGAGGCAGAAGUGGGGCCAGGGCCAUCAGGGAGUGAGGUGCGGACUCCAGAGCUUCCAGAGGCUGACAGUAGUGAGACAGAGGAACAGAAGAAGCCUGUUCCUGAUGCACGCAUGAGAAGAGUUGCCAGAAGGCAAGAGCAACUAAAGCAAAGAGGAUGACUUGGGAGUAGAGCCAAGAGAGGAUUGGCUCCUCCCAUAAGGCUUAAAAGACCAGCAACAGCAUAUGGGCUCUUUGCCGGAAAACAACGUUGAUAGCUUUGUCUUGUUGCAUUUGUUUCAUAUCGGUGUCUUCUGAACUUUUGCCAAGAAAGGCCUUUGGCAGUUUGCCUAAUUAGACCAAGGUUGGUGAUAAGAUUGAGGAAUUGUGUUGGGAGGAAUUUGCUUUAAUUUAGUUGGACUACGCUGAGAAUGAGUUAAUUCUCAGCUGUUCUAAUUGUUUGUUUGUUUUUAUACUGACUGAGUUUCCUACUACCUACUUGGGCCUGGGUCACAACAUCAUCCUUCAGUUGAGUUUGAUACCUGCAGCCACGAGAUCCAUCCCGGUGGUUUUCUUUGGAGAUAUUUUAUUCAACUUCCUAAUCUAGCUUUCAGCCAGCUUCUAUUAAGGUAGUCUGAUCCAAGCACUAACCAAAUCUGUCCAUGCCGAGCUUCAUAGAGGAGCUAUUUCACUGCGCUGGGGCUUUACUGCCUCAGCAUGGUUCCCGGGAAUUAAGGUUGGAUCUUUGAAAAUUUCAUUAUGUUGGUUGGUAACAAGAUCUCGUUAAUCUUUGGAGACAAUGCAAUGGGAGACCCAUGAACACCACCCAAGUUUGGGAGUUGGAGGUGGGAGACAUUGCAAACCAAAGAAACUAACCCCAGACCACCCACUCUUAGCAUCAAAGGUGAGUGUUACACUGGGGAGAAGUUGAGCGUGGAAUGGGGCAACUCACCAUGGCCAGCUUGCUAUGGGACAAUUCAACAAUUGUUAAAAUAAUUUUAAUUUUUGUCAAUUCACAUUUUGUUUUGUCCCUCCUUUGUUAUCCUUUCUUUAACAAUUCUAUUUGACUUACUUCAUCGCUAUUAGUGUAACUCUAGGCCUACGGCGAGUUGUUCCGCAGUGAGUUGGCCAUGGUGAGUGUGCUGUGGCAAGUUGUCAUAGACCCAUUGAGAACUAUUUUCCUGCAGCCAGGGGUGGGCUUCCAAAAUUUUAGCAAGGGGUUCUCUACUCGGUUGCUGGGUGGGCAUGGCCUGGUCAGCCUCCUGCACCAUGGUGUGGGGAGGUGUUUUUGCCCUCCCCAGACUCCAAAGGCUUUCCUUGAGCCUCCAGGAGGGCGAAAACAGCCUCCCCAGGCUCUGGAGGCCCAUUUCCGGCAUUCCCAAACUUCCUGUAGGCCCGUUUUUCAGCCUUCCCGAGUCUCCGUGUGCGCCCUGCACUUACCUGCAUCCGAAACAGGCCAUGUAGGGACUCCUGGGAGGGGCGGGGUGGGCAGAGCCAGCCAAGAGUGGGAUUUGGGGGUUUCUCUGAAUUGCACAGGAUCUUAGCUAGAGGUUCUCCCGAACCUCUGCAAACCCUCAGAAGCCCAUCCCUGCCUUCAGCUGACCUAUGACUUUUGGACAAUGCAGGGUAUGUUCCUGCGGUAUCUGACUGCACGGCACAGCCAGGUGGUCCAUCGACUUAAAAUAUGAAGGCAGGCAAUAAAUGGAAUUGGCUCCCAAA